AUGGCUAGCACAGUAAUGAAGGCUCUCGUCGGGGGUGAGUCGGGCGGCUACCGGCUGGCGGAUGAUAUGGACAUUCCCGCCCCAGGGCCAGGCAUGAUGCUUUGCCAGGUGCAUGCGGUCGCCCUGAGCCCGUACGACGCAAAGAUUGUAGACUAUUCGAAUACGCCUGGUGCAGUGGGCGGCUGCGACUUUUCUGGCAUUAUCGUUGGGGUGGGCGAAGGCGUUACACGGUUCAAGGAGGGAGACCGCGUCCUCGCCGUGAGCUUUGGGCUCAAUGCCUCAGACAAGACGGCAGGCGCUUUUGCCGAGUACGCGCUGGCAAUCGAGGACUUGAGCUGCCACGUCCCCGAGAAUCUGACCUUUGAGCAGGCAUGCUCAAUGGGACUUGGUAUUGCUACUGCUGGUCUCGCCCUUUUCCAAUCGCCCGGGCUACACCUGGAAAUGCCGCGACCCAAACCUGCUUAUGAUGAUGAGAACAUGCCUUCAUUUGUUCUUGUUUCCGGGGGUGCAACUGGCACCGGAACGAUGGCAACCCAGUUGUUAAAGAUUGCCGGUUAUACCCCCAUUGUCACCUGCUCACCCGCCAACAAUGCUCUGUGCGAGAGCUACGGCGCUACCGCUUGCUUCGACUACCGGUCCUCCACAUGCGGUGCCGACAUCCGCGAAUACACCGCCAACAACCUAGUCUCUGUCUUAGACUGUGUGACUGACGCGCCGACAAUGCGUAUGUGCUAUGAGGCUAUUGGGUCUUCCGGCGGCGCAUACGUUGCGCUCGAAGCCGUUACUCAAGUCGUCAAAUACACGAGGAGAGAUGUCCGUGCAGACUGGCUGAUGACUCCUACCAUCACGGGAAAUCCAGUGGUGAUUCCGGGUACGUACGGGCGCCCUAGCACACCCGAGCAUAGGAUAUUUGGGGCGGAGUUAUUCUUGCUAGCCGAGAGAUUAUUGAUGGAGGGCGGGAUCAAGAACCAUCCUUUGGAUAUUAAGGAGGGGGGCUUGGAGAAGAUCCCUACGUAUGUGAAUGACUUGCGUGUUGGGAAUGUACGGGGCAAGAGGAUGAUCGUGCCGUUGGUCGGUGCAUAG